CUACUAUCAAACGUGGUCUCAAGUAUGCCUGAGGUAAUGUGAGUUCGAUUACAACGCUUGAUCCGACAUGUCACCACCAGGUCGGAGUGAUGUUAUGCCAACAGGAUCUUGACCUUGAUCAGCACCUCAGUCCGAACCCCGCAGAGGUCCGAUUCCGGCUCAGAUCGCAGCCUGUCUGUCAGCGCCUUUACACUCCUUCCUCGAGACCGGGUACCUAAGCCAGUGUUGCGAAAAUCCACAAUGUCGAACAACCAGGAAAUUCAUGAGUUCGAGCCUAUCGCGCACGAACGAUUUCAAGGGAACCACGACUUCGAACCUCGCGGCCAAGAGGCUGAAGCGCUGCCUCCGGCUGAUGGCGGUCGUCAGGCGUGGGUCUUUCUUUCCGUGUGCUUCCUCCUUGAGGCCACUGUCUGGGGCUUCCCGUUUGCCUUUGGUGUUUUCCAAAAGUACUAUACCAGCGCAGACUUAUUCAAGGAUGACUCAAAGGGCAUAGCAGUAAUCGGUACAACAGCGACCGGCAUCAUGUAUUUCGCGUCGCCGCUCGUGAUAGGCUUCACAAGUACCUUUCCUCACCGCGUACGAGGCUUCAGUGCGAUAGGCCUUUCUGUCAUGUUGCUUGGACUUAUUUGCGCAUCUUUCGCAAACACUGUCUGGCAGCUUAUUCUCACGCAAGGUGUGCUCUACGGGAUCGGAGGGAGCCUCCUUUACUUACCAUCUAUUGUCUACCUUGACGAAUGGUUUGUGCGACGGAAGGGCCUCGCUUUCGGGAUUAUGUGGGCAGGUACAGGCACAAGUGGUAUGCUCGUGCCACUCCUUAUGACCUGGCUUCUAGAGGACUACGGCUUCCGCACCUCCCUACGCAUCUGGGCCGUCAUCUCCGCUGUCCUCCUUUUUCCGUCACUCAUAUUUCUCAAAGGUCGCCUUCCUGUGCAACGCCCAAGCAUAGGUGUCGGACUACGCCGCCGCCUCGACCUCAACUUCUGCAAGACAGGCAUGUUUUGCGUUCUUAUGACCGGGAACAUCAUUCAAGGCCUUGGCUAUUUUAUUCCAUCAAUUUACCUCCCAUCGUACGCGAAAGCAAUCGGACUCUCCAACGAAGCGUCCUCUCUCACCAUCUCACUCAUCAACGCCGCCGCCGUAGUGGGUACUAUCGCCGUUGGCGCACUCGUUGAUCGCGUUGAGAUCAACACCGCUAUCAUGAUCACAUCAGUCGGCGCGACACUGGCGUGCUUCCUGGUAUGGGGUUUCUCGACCUCGCUGGCACCGCUCUACAUCUUCGCCAUCAUGUACGGCGCGUUUGCAGGAGGGUACACCGCGACAUGGCCAGGCAUAACUCUUGCUAUUCGCGAAAACUGCAGAGACGAUAACGGCGUGAGCCGCGUCGACACCGGUAUGGUGGUCGCACUGUUUGCGGCAGGCAAAGGUAUUGGUUCAGUGGUCAGCGGCCCACUGAGUGAAGUCUUGCUCGAGGCCGACGGGUGGCGGGGGAAGGCUGGGGGAGCUUUUGGGACGGGUUAUGGGAGUUUGAUUGUGUGGAGUGGCGUGACGAUGUUCCUGGGUGGGAUUAGCUGGUUCGCGAAGAAGCUUGGGAGAAUUUGAAAUAAGAUGAGAAUCAGAGUAGAAAGUAGGAACCUCUCGCAAGAUUUACUCUGUUUCUUGGUGCUUGAGGCUU